CAUCGUAAAACGAGAAAAACAUUUUGCGUGAAAUUCCUUAAAACCCACAUAAAUUCCACUAAAUAUCAUUUGUUCUUCUUUCACUAAAGUUGAAUAGAUCGUGUGAUAUUCUAUUUGUGUAUCGGCUAGUAGAAUUACUAGCUGAAAAUGCAAGAGGAUAAUGAAUAUGAAUAUAAACGCACUAAGGACCGCAGCCCUUCACCGGGCAUCAAAUCAACAGCGGUUGUCAAAUACACAGCUUUCCCGAGCCCAGUGAGCUACGCCCGACUGCAGUGCAACACGGACUUGAACCUGCCACCCUCCAACUGGGGGGCCGCUAUAGACUCCUACGGGCUGAAACAGAUAUUGACGGGGAGUACUCCCCUGUCUAGUUUUCGCAUGGCGCACAUGUUUCCCGACUGCGUCGGCGCUGUGGACGUGAUCUCCGGUGCGGAGUGUAUCAAGAAACUGCUCAAAUUACCCUACCAGCCCAACGGGACUGUAAGCAUGAUGGUGCACAGAGUGGAGAACACGCUUCUCCUGGACGACUUCGACGUGUACGACUACUUGAUGAAGUCGGAGUGGGGCUGGCUGAAGGACUUCUUCUAUGAGAACAUCUUGAAGACCAUGUCGGAAAAGGAGCGGAUGAGCUUGACGCCUCCACCGACACACACCGCGUUGCAGCUCACACAUAAGUUCCUGUCACACAGUGUGUGUGUGCCCGAGGCCAAGGGGCCUACGCCGGGGCCUACUCCUGGGCCAUAUUUACCCGAAUCAGAAAGAUCCGAGCCCCCCAACGAGCACCUCUACAACAGGAACGUCCUGUGGACCUUCGAGGACAUCCAAAUGCUCAUCGGCAGCGACCUGCCCAUCUUCGGAGACAAAGACAGACCGUGCGUCUCUCUCCGACUCAGAGACGCCAGGGAACCUAUCAAUGUCCUAACCGGAAUAGACUACUGGCUUGAUAAUCUCAUGUGUAACGUUCCUGAAGUCCUAAUGUGUUACCACUUAGAUGGAAUCGUUCAGAAAUAUGAGCCGAUGAAAACGGAGGAUUUACCUAAUAUGGAGAACUCGAAAUUCUCCCCGAAAGUCGUAAGAAAUGUCGCUCAGAAUAUACUUUCAUUUUUGAAAUACAAUGCGACGAAAGCUGGACAUACGUAUUGGCUGUUCAAAGGUCCUCAUGAUGAUGUUGUUAAACUAUAUGAUUUGACUUCGCUGUGCCCGGAUAGUUUGGACAAUCCGUUCACAACUCCUGUAGCCAUGCUUCUAUACAGGGUGGCGAGGAAUAUGAGGUUGACGAACAGGUCGAGACAUGUUAGGCAGCUGUUGGAGCAGGCGAUAAACCUGUUGAAGGUGGAGAGGUAUCCGCAGAUAGUGGCGUCUUCGCAUUAUAUGUUGGCGGAUUUGUAUGUGCCGGCGACGACCAAUCCGGCUUGUCCGGAUUUUAAAGAUGAAAGCUCUGAUUCAGAGAGUGAAGACCCCGAUUUCGAACCAACCGAAGUCACAUCAGAGCGAGACACAGAGAGCGUAAAAGAUGAAACAGAAACAUUCAACGACGAUAUCGAAGACAACAGUGGCGCCAACGGUGACAGUGGUGAUAAAAAUGAAGGUGAUGAUAAAGUCAGUGAUGGUAAAGUUAGUGAUGGUAAAGUCAGUGAUGGUAAAGUCAGUGAUGGUAAAAGUGAGUGUGGGGAUGGUGAUGGGGAGAAGGAAGAGACAUCGUUGGCGUUGCAGAUGAGGGGGUUGGCGUUGAGAGAUAUUGGCGAUAAGAUGAAGAAAGAGGAGGAUAAUAAGCGUAAAGGUAGUGAAGCCAAAGGCCUUGGCUUAGAGCCUCCAGACCGCUGCGGUCAUGCUCUGAGACACGCACUGAAAGGGUUACUAGCGCUACACAAUGUUACCAUAGACAAGUGCAAGGAGGAAGAACGAGAAAGAUUGAAAGAACAAAUACUAAUAGAGGAACAACAUCCAAAAAUGGCGAACCCCUACGAACCGAUAUCCAUGAACUACGAACCGAUCAAACAAAUCAACAAAACCGACAAAGAACACAACUCACGAAGUCGCAGAAGAAAACGAGAAAAGAAAAACUCUAAAAGCGAAUAUUUAAUAGAAGCAAAUAGUAAUAUAGAUAAAAAUGCAAUCUUAGUGAGAAAAGAGCAGAAAAAACUACCAUCUUACAGCGAAACUAACAGAGAUGACAAUUUCGCUUGGAAAUUACAUUUAAAAACGUUACUAUACGAGAAAAUCUGUCUCGCAUAUGCUACUUUGGCUGAAUACAGCUACGCUCAUGAACAAUAUGGUUUUUCGUUGAAAUACAUAGAUUUAGCUAGCAAAUGUCAAAAGUUAUUAUCCAAUAUGAUUAUUAAAAGUAAGGUGGUUGAUUCUAGUUGCCUUAUAGGGAGGGUUGGCGAUAAUUUCUUCCAGUUAAGUAAGAAUUGGCAUAGAUUGGAGCAGUUUAAGAAACAGUUUGAGACGGAUCAUGAUAUUGAUAGUAAGAUUAAGCUGGAGAUUGAGAAUGAUCUGGUGGAAGAGGUGGAGGGUGUUUUGACGAAUGAAUUUGAUUUGGACAUAUCACUACCAAACAGCGAGCUGUCUUCGAUGUUGGCGUGUUGCUCAUACUAUCGCCUCGCCCUGGCAGCGACAAGCGACAAACGAGCCGAGCUACAACGGCGAUUAGCUUCUGUCACCAACGAGUUAGCCGUUAGAUACAUGAAUGAUGCUCAGCAAAUCUACGCCAAAUACAACGAAGAGGACCCACAGGACCCGAAAGCCCAGCUCCUCCUCAAACAAUUCAACACUUUGUCCAAACGCUCGCUAGAAUGUUUAGACGAGGCGUCUGCCAUCUUCGAGGAAGUUAAUGAUGUACCGAACUUGGCUUUGUUGUAUUGUAAUAAGGGACGAUACUUGAGGUUCAAGGCACAUUGCGAUCAGGGCAGCUUUGAUGAAAAGAAACGUAAACUAUACAACAACGCCGAAGAACUAUACCUCACCGCUUUGAAGUUAGUCGGGCGAGGCGACACCGGCGGAGUGAGAGAGUUGGUACAAUGGGAGCUGUCCUGCCAUCUGUACACCAGAGCUGUGCUCAUGCAGGACUGCCCUGGAAGCAGGCCUAAUGAGGUGUCAGAAGUUGCAGAGGCGUUCAACCACGCGCUCAAAUACUGCCAACUAACUCCAGGGCCGAGGCAAUACCUGUACCAGUUCCGAGCCGCCAUGAUACAUCAUCGUCUGGGCUCGCUGUACCAUUCACAGUACAGAAUAACUUCCGAAGAAGGCCCAAAGCGGCGCGCCCUCCUCAACUCUGCUCGCACUAACUACAUGUCGUGUACACACAUGUUCGCGGCUUUAGAAGACGCCAGCAUGUUCCUAACGGCUCGGUUGGAACAUGUGGCUUUAUGCGAAUGUAGCGCUGCAGUAUCUCCCAACCUCAAACUGAAGUCCCUCCAAACGGCCAUCGAGCUCCUCCGCCAGAGCCACUCCAUCAUGCAACUCCUCAAACACCGAGACCCUGAGGACCUCAGGGACACCCCCAAAUCAGAGGACCACGACGAGAAAACCAUGAAGAACGAACAUAGCUUACUCUCACUUUUCGAAAAUAGACUACACUACAUACUUAAAAGCAUCAUACAAUAUUGUAGGUCAAAGUCUAACAAAGAUUAUGAAAAAAUGACUGAUAUGUACAAGAGAUUGUAUUCGGCUAGUUUGAAAAUUAAAAAGCAUGAUGAUAUUAGAAUGUAUGCUGGGAGUAUAUGUGAUGUUUUGGAAGCUAUGGAUGGUAUUUGUAAGGAAUUUGAGUAGUUUGGUAGGUUAUGAGAAAUGUAGGUUAUAAAAUAAAUGGAAAUUGUGAAAUUA